UUUCAUUAUCGAGUCGACAGCCAGACCAUAAUGUCGGUGGUCCGUGGAUAGAAGUUCGCUUGUGAAAUUGGCCAUUUCUCGCCUAGAGAGAGUGUUGAGUUCCGCCAGAGUAAGUCCGUGCGAAGUAUUGUCCAUCGCUUGGAAAGCGCCGACCGGAGAAGAGGUGUUGCGUGAGCGUGAAAAGGGCUCGUGAUUGAUUCAGGAGACGACUUUUGCCCAAGAGUUGAAAGCCACAGGAUUCUCUCGUCCAUCAAAGGAGAGAAGAAUUCCUUCAAUGUCUCGCCGAGUGGAGAAUGCUUAAGCUACCAAAGGGUCUAAAGAAGAAAAAGAAAGGGAAAAAAUCGAAAAAGGACAAGGAACUUUUCACCGAGGAGGAGCUAGAGCAGUACCGCAGGGAGCACCAGAAGCAAGUGACCGCGGAGACAGAGGAACAAGGACCAUCGGAGCCAGUCGAGGCAGAGACAAGCGCCCCCAAGUCAGAAGAGGACGAUGAAUGGAGGAAGUUUCAAGCCCUCACGACUGGUGUUGAUUCCAUACUAAAGAAGACUCAAGGGGACCUCGAUCGCAUCAAGUCAACUUCAUUCUUCCAGCGCGUUCCGCCGCCCAGUGAGCUAAAGAGAGCGCAGGAAGAGGCACAGCAGGAAGAGGCGGCUCAGGAGGAAGGAGCUCCUGCCGCCGAAGAGGCUCCUGAAGAGAAGGAUAACCUUGCCAGUGCUGUUAUCGAACUCUCGGAAUCGGAAUCAGAGAGCGAGGAAGGUGACGAUAUCUUCGACACCACUUACAUUGAUGUGAUCACCACAAACGAGCUUCCACUCGCAUACAUUCCGGAUUCACCAGAGCAGGAAGAGGAAGAAGGUCCUGAUCCUUUCGACACCACCUACGCGGAUAAAGUAAUCAAAGGACCCGAAGUAUCGAAGAAGGGGAAGAAGAUCGUUAGUAUCGGAUCGGCUGUUGAGGUUCUAACAGGAAGAGUAGAAACUGUUUCAUCGACAGUCUCCACUAAGCGUCCUCGCAGAGGCGUUCAGAAUCUCCUGUUAGACAACUUCGAGGAAACCGAAGCUACUGAAGGCGCCGCACAAGCUGCCGAAGCCGCUCCUGCGCCAGUUGUUAAGACACUCUUGGAUGACAAUGACGAUGUCCUUCCUGAUAUACCUAUAGACUUGAGUGUUUCUCUACAUUUGACUCUACAAAAGGAGAAAGAAGAAAAGGAGAAAGCUCAACAAGAGGAAAAGCAGGACGAAGACGUUGUCGCAGAGUUUGAUGAAUUGAAACCAUCAGAGGAAGAUGACGAAUUUGCUUUGUUAGCCAGUGAAUCUCUAAGUAAAACUGAGGAAGUCACCAAGCAACCAGCACAAACUGUUGCUCCUGUCGAAGUAGAAGUUUCAACUGAUUGGGCUGCAUUCGAGGAAGAAAGAAAAAGUGGUAAACCUUCACGUCCGCCACCUCCUAGACCAGCCACAGGACCUCAGGUUGCUCAUUUAGUCAACGAACAGGAACUAGAGCUCCCAGAGGAGGCUGACGACGUAGAUCCUUUCGAUACAGCCUUCGUAGAUCAGGUGGUCCUUGCUGACGACGACGAUUUCGAUCCUCGUGCUGAGACAACAGUCGAGGAGAAGCCAGCUCAAGUGGACGACGAGUUAUUCUCACCUGACUUUCCCAAAGAGGAGAAUCUCUUUCCGCCCAGAGAUUAUCUUGGAGGGAGUGUGAGUGAUCUCUCAACACUUCCUGAAGUCGCCAUCGCUCCAGCUUCAGCCAGAGCUAAGACUCCAGUGGAAUUAGAUCCCUUCGACACCUCCGCUGUUUCGUCCAUUGUUGCGCCCAAAGAAGUUGAACUUAAGUUUCUGGAGAAGGAACUGUUGGCUGAUAACACUCCAGCUGUUGUUCCCAAACCACCAGUGAUCCCAAUAAGCAAUCUCAAGCAUUCACUGAGUGAUCCUGACUUUGAUCCACGCGGAGAAGAGUCAGAGGAGCACUUACAAGACAUAAAUCAAGGUAAACCCAAUAUUGAAAGUCGAUCAUCCGUUGAUAUCCAGAGUCGAAAGUCUUCACUGAGUCUCAACAUCCAAAGUGUAACACCAAAGGCUGUGUCCUUUGCAGUCCCUUCGCCUGAUUUGCUGGCUGUUGGUGAAAAUGGUGGUAAAAUCCAAAAGCCAUUAACUCCGUACUACAAUAAGGAAGUUGUGGCACCGUCUGAGGACGUCGACCCAUUCGAUACAUCCUUUGUGUCUGAUAUCAAGCCGACUCAAGUUGAAUUAACUCUUCUGGAGAGUGACCUUCUUAAGCAAUCACAAGUCUUAGACGAGGACGACGACUUUGAUCCACGUGCCGAGUCACCUGUAACACUAGCAGCACCAGUCAAAACUCCAGACCUUCUGGCUGUGGGUGAAGAACUCAAUAUCAAAGUCCUUACUCCAGCUGUUGAGAUCGCAAGCGCUGCGGAGAUUCCAGUCUUCGACGAUCCUUUCGACACAUCAGCCGUUGAUAGCAAUAUUCUUCCGGGGAAGGCUGAACUUAAAUUAAUUGAGAGCGAACUCUUGCCAAAUUUGGCAAAGACACCAGAGCCAGUGCUUGAUAUUCUCUCAUAUUCACAGGACGACUCUCUGCCGGUGAAGGCUUUAACGCCUUUAGGCGCUACUGCAAAUUCAGUUGAGGAAGAGGAAAUCGAUCCAUUCGACACAUCAAUCGCUGAGAACUUGGGACCAGGAAAGACUGAAAUCAAACUCUUAGAGACAGAACUUAUUGGACAACAGCAGUAA